CCUCCGCCUCCCUCUUCUCUGCCUCUCCCAGACUGGCUUUUAUGUCUGGGUGCUCCGCUGCAGCAGUGAGCAUGCGCCGUCGCCAUGUUAGCAAGCUCUCCUCCCCCCAGACUCGUCAGUGAGAGAAACGCUGUGCAAGGGUGGCAGGCAAAAAGAAAUACAGACAGAGGGGUGAUACAGCAAACACUGGAUACAAACAGAGACAUGAAGGCUGCGAUUAAACUACUGUUUUGAAAAACGAAGAGUCACGGCUCAUUUGAUAUUAGUUCCACUGCAGCAACGGACUGUUUAAUUUCGAAAUAUAAUGCGCCUGAACGUCUGGUCGUGAUGGAGGAAAUCAUUUGCUGCACUACUGGUAGAUGUAUAUACUGCCUCUGCGUUAUAAUACGGAUUUAAAUUAAAAUAACAAGUAAGGGAUGUUGAACUGCGUUUAAGAAGAAUAGCAACACACGCCUGGGGAGUACAAAAACAUUACGUGCGUACCACUUUGUUGAACAGAAGCUCUGAGGGGAAAUAUUUCAAUAAAAAAAAACAAAAGUUGAAUGGCGGCGGCUUGAAUUCACAUUACAAAUUGGAGGUACGUUAAUUCGUUUAAGUUUUAUUCUGUGGAAAAGAGUCAGCUAGCUGUCAGUCCUGGCUUUGUAAACACUGCUGUGCGUGCUGUCUGAAUUUACAACAAAAAGUACCCUGGGAUUUUACAAAAUGCAUCAUCCCGAGUCUGCAGGAGAUUCUACUAGUAGGAAGAUGGCGAACCCGGCAGUAUUUCCUAGAAGGGGUAGCAGUACAGGCAGCAACGCUUUUGCGACAGCAGCUGGUACCAGUAUUAGCAGUAAUGUCAUUCCUACUGACGAUUACUCAUCUUCGAUAUUGAUACAGCCGCCACCACCACCGACCGGGUCUUCCUCCCCGGGGCCGCAGCACCCUCCCCAGAGCCUGAACCUCCACUCCUCUCAGUCGCAGCUGCAGCCUCAGCCGCUCCCCCUAGCAGGGGCACAGGUGAAAAAAAAGAGUGGUUUUCAAAUCACCAGUGUCACCCCAGCCCAGAUCUCGGCUAGCACCAACAACAGCAUUACAGAGGACACCGAGAGCUAUGACGACCUGGAUGAGUCACACACAGAAGACCUGUCUUCAUCUGAGAUCCUGGAUGUGUCAUUGUCCAGGGCCACAGACAUGGGGGGGCCAGAGAGGAGCUCCUCCGAGGAGACUUUGAGCAACUUCCACGAGGUAGAGACCCCCGGAGCUGUUUCCCCCAACCAGCAUCUCCUCCCCCACUCGCAUCACCAACCCCAGCCUGGUGUGCUGAUGAACGGGACUAUGCACCAACACCACCACCCCCACCCCCAGCCCCAUGGACUUCACCACCGCCCACCUCAUGCUCACCCUGGGAUAAUGCCCUUGGUUGUAGUGCCAGGAGGAGGAGGUGUCACUGUUACCCCUCCUCUCAACACUGUUACCAUUGCUCCGAAAUUAUCUGCACACGCUGACACAGUUCCUGAGAAGGCCUCUGCUGUCGGGAAUGUGGUUGGCCAGCCUCAGUCAGCCAGCACCCCAGGAAUGCCAAGCGGCAUGAAUGCAGCAGCAGGUACCCCAGUUAAUAUUGUUAAUCCUGUGACGAGCAAUGUGAAUAAUAUGAGCGUGGCUGGAGUGAGUACUGCCAAUGUGCCUGGUUUGGUGGGCACUAGUAGUAGUAAUGGCAGUAGUAGUGGCAUCCCACCUGGCUUAAUGAACUUGAAUGCCAACAGUGGCUUAACGGGAGCCAGCAACCCAAAUGUGAUGCAACAACAACAAGGGACUGGGAGUGCUGUGAAUGUGAAUAUUGUAAUGGGGGCUGGUAGUGUUACAGGUUGUGCCCCCUCAAAUGUGAUCAGCGGGGCGACGGGUAACGUUGUAGUGGCAGCACCAAUGGCUGUGGCGACAACAGCACAAACUGCGCCAGUGGCUACCCCCCCAAGCCAGCAGCAACAGGCUCCACCUCCCACCAGCUCCCGCUUCAGGGUGGUCAAGCUGGAUUCCAGCUCAGAACCUUUCAAGAAAGGCAGAUGGACUUGCACUGAGUAUUAUGAUAAGGAGCCCCCAGUAUCAGUAGCUGUAGCAAGUGCCACAUCAGAAACUAUGCCCAGUCACAGGGCAGUGGAGAGCAUCAGGCAGACCCAGCCCGACACUACUGUGGGUUCAGAGCGGGAGAGCACCAGUGGGAGCUCAGUCAGUAGCACCAUCAGCACCCUGAGCCACUAUACAGAGAGUGUUGGAAGUGGAGAGAUGGGAGCCACCUCCAUUUUACAAGGUUUCCAGCAGCAGCAACCACCACCGCCACAACAGGUGGACUAUGGUGGCCCCCAGAGCUUGCAAGCUUCACUCCCUGGCCUGCCUCAGAGUGUCUCGCAGCCUCAGCUUGCUCAAGCCCAGAUGCACUCGCAGGAGGUGGCUCACUCCCUUCUGAAAACGAGCGGGACCCCCUCUGUGCCCUCAAGCAUUGGCAGUGUUCAGCAACAGCAGCCUCCAGUGAAUCUAGGAAGCAUACAGACCUCCAUAGGGCUCCCCACUGCUACCAUUCCUCAGCAGCAGCAACUGCCCUACACUCAACAGCCUCAGCAACCUGCCACCGCACAAAUGUUCCACCCACCACCGCAGCAGCAGCAGCAGGCACCCACUCAGAUGGCAUCGGAGCAUGUUAUGCCUGUGAGUCAAGGUGGGGGCAUGGUGGGCAGCCUGCCACCAGAGUUUGUACACCAACAGAUCAUUCAGCCUCCAAUGCAGCCCGGGCCUCCUGGAAUGGGAGCAGCUGGACAGCCACUACAGCAUGUGCCCCACAUUCCUGGCACCAUCCAACCUCCUCCAGUGUCUGGGAAUGGCCAGAUGAUGGGCAUGGGCCAGCAUGGGGGCAACAUACUGCCUGGGAAUUAUCAGACACCCCCCCAGGGAAUUUUGCAACAGCAGCAGACCACUUCGCCUCCACAGGGUGGGAUCCUGCAUCAGAUCUUGCCUGGAACCGUCUCAGGCCUGGCACAGCAGCAUCAUCAGAGUUUGGCCCAGCUCCCAACACACCUGCCGGUAGAGCAGCAGCAGCAGUCAGUGGCUCAAGGACUAGCCGGGCAGCAGCCUGGUGCUGUUUCCUUGGGUCAAGUUACAUCAAACGUGCCUCUUCCAGCUGCGGCCCAGAGUGCCGCCCAGCCUUUGCAGAACGGCAGCAUGAUUCCCGGUGGUGGUCAGCCUACCAUGAUGCCAGCGAGCUCGGCGGCCAGCACUGGCCAUUACCUGGCCCUGCGGCCUUUUUCUGCUGCGCAGCUGGAAGAUGCCCGCCGCCUGCUUCUUCAGGACCAGGCCCUGCUCUCUUUGCCCAAGCUAGCUGUUGGAGACGGAGCUGCCAACAGCAUGAGCGCCUUCUCAGCCUCUGCAAGCCUCUUUCCACUGAAGACCCUGCCGCUGGCAGGACAGGUGGUGGACGGUGAAGAGGACAGUUCUUCGGGUGCCAGUGUGGUGGCCAUAGACAACAAAAUUGAACAGGCAAUGGAUCUAGUGAAGAGUCACUUGAUGUAUGCCGUGAGAGAAGAAGUGGAGGUUUUGAAGGAACAAAUAAAGGAGCUGAUCGACAGGAACUCGCAGUUGGAGCAGGAAAACAAUCUUCUGAAGAAUCUGGCCAGCCCGGAGCAGCUAGCUCAGUUUCAGGCGCAGCUCCAGAGCGGCUCCCCGCCGGCCUCUUCACAGCAGCCCGGGACAGCGACACAGCCUGCCCCGCCAUCAUCACAGAGCUCCGGGCCCUCAGCGUAGCACACCCCGCCGCUUCCACAAUGGACUGGACACAAUGGGGGUCGAGGAAAAAAAAAAAAAAACACUAAACGCAACGAGGACAAUUGCGCCCCAGUUACAGGCAUAUUGCAUUUGCCGUUUGCACAUCCUGAUUUGAAGGAAAAAAUGAAGAAAAAAAAGUAUUUUGACUUUAGACAAUCGCUUGUAAAAAUGGAAGUGAUCCAGCGAUGGGACGGUGAAUACUACGGAACUAAUGGAUUGGAAUGGAAGCACGCGUCAUUACAGCGCUUUGUUAAAUACGCAGGGAUUCCCAGUGCAGCGUCAUGUGGAUCUCCAGUGAUGUACAUGUGUUUUGUUUUUACCGUGACUUGGAGAUAUGCACACAGCUGCUUCUCUGUCAUUUACAUAUAUAUAUAUAUAUAUAUAUAUAUAUAUAUAUAUAUAUAUAUAUAUAUAUAUAUAUAUAUAUAUAUAUAUAUAUAUUAUAUACAGUGUGUCCAAGGCUGUGGCUGACUGGUGCAAGCACUUUCUUGAUGGCAAAUGUGAAGAACCGUAGAAGGACCAGAGGCAACUGGGGAGCCCCUCUCCCCCAUCUGGAAUGGGGGAAGGUGUUACAAAAAGGACACCUAUCUUUUUACAUCACCGUUACGAGUGGAGAAAUCUCGAAGAACAAGGUGGUGUAACGAAUCUUUCAGUAUUUAACUUGAAAACGGUCCUCAUACUAGCGUUUCCAAAGCUUCCGGUUUUUUGGUAUGUUGACAGCGCUUCUUUUCAUGCAGUUAAUAUGAGGCUGGAGUUCAAUGAGGGUUGUUAACCCUAAUGUAUAUUUGUGUAUGUAGUGUAAGUACUCUGUAAUAUAGUAAACUGUAACUAUUUAGGUUGUACAGAUUGAAUCGAGCUGUUUCAUUGGCUGAUCUGAACACGUUUAGACGGUCUUUUUUAUGCUCUAUAAGAGGAAUGCAGCUUUACACCUGCUUAGUGAAUUAAAACGAUCACAAUCACUUGUGUUUUUUUCCGUUUUCUUGGCUGCAUACUAUUCUAAAGUAAAACCGUUGUUCACUUAAUUAUUUGAAGAAAAUAAAUGCACUGUUGUGAACUAUUGCCAGUGAAGCACUCCAGUUGUUGAUCAAUGCUAUUGCUGACAUUAAAACCACACUCUGGUAUGUGUUUUGGGUUUUGCAUAUACGUAUAGUUUAUAGGCUUAUGUUUUGUGCAUGUUCCUGAAACGAAAACAAACAACAAAAAAAUGAAAGUCGUAACAUUUAAUUCAGUUGCACUUGACUGUUGCACUUCUCAGCCUUCAAUAAAAACCUUCCAUGUUGUCCAAUAAGCAGUUGUCUUGCGGUUUGUAAUUUUUAUGCACAGAUUUAAAAUAAUGCAGACACAUUCAUAAAUCAGAUGUCAAUUACAGUUGCAUAUUUGGUUUUCCACAACAUUUCCAUUCUAAAUGCUAAGCUCAAAAAACAAGUGUGUCAUUGUGGACCGAGUACAUGUCCCAGUAAACAGGUUUAACUGCAUUUUUCAUCAUUUGCCCCCACAGUACUGUGUGAUUUAUAGUACAGUACAACUUCUGCUCAACAUGAACUCUAUACCACCCCGACCAGUCUGAACUUGGGCUGGAGUGCUGAAGCGUGUUCUCUCCCUCGGAGCCCCUCCCACGCCCCGCCUCCUCACGUGGUCCAGUGCGCGGGGGUUCCCCGGUGACGCCUGGCGAACAGGAAAUGGCAUGGCGCGGGUAACGUUCUUUUGAAGCGCUACAAUGCACACUAGAAAGCUUUCAUUGUAACGAGAGUAUGUUGUUUUAAGAGCUAUAGUAUAACGGUAAAUAAAACAUCGCAACCAGUGGCAUAACCUUGCAGGGAAUCCCCGAAGUUCAGCAGGGGACAGCGUCUGCAACUGAAUGCUGGUUGCUAAGGAAUCCUGGUACAGGAACACUUCCAUGGCGACGCACUAACAAAGUGAUUCUAUUACAGGGUUGGGCAAGGGGCGCAUUUGUAAUAUACACUUGUAGCUGCAUUGCCAGUGCUUACUACAAAUGUGUGCUUUUUAUUUUAAUUUGUGAAAGUGGAAGAAUGUAUUGCUUUUUUAAUAUAGAUGCAUGUCUUUUAUUUUGGUAGUUUGU